AUGGCUUCUGAAGAACUCAAUAACCUAAGAAAACCAUCUGCAAGACGUUCGAAGCCUAAUAUGGCGGCUCUAGUAGACCAGCAGAGGCUUUUCGAAAAUCCUUGGAGUCGGAAGCCCUUAUUCCAGCUAGAAUCACUCGUACCAGUUGUCUCUUUGCAUGAUGUAGGAUCUCACCCAAGUAGUAUUGAACGGGUUGAUAUGACUUCAACAUCCCUUGCUGAAAAACGUUUCCUCAAACAUCCAUCUGCUUCAUUCUCUUCAUCUGAUGAUUCAGAUAUUAUGGAAAACAAUAAUAUAACUUCAGUUGAUGAAGAUGAUGAUCUACCUUUGUCUACAUUCCUUCCCUUGAAAUCAGAUACUUUGACCAAUAAUACAACUAUUAUUACCAAUCAUCAUUAUCAUAAUAAUAAUAAUAAUACUAACAAUAGUAUUCAUGAUGAAAAAAAUUUCAUACCAUUUUGUCCAUGUACAAAACCUGCAGUUCUAGAUGAUCCACGUUUAGAUGGAUUAUUUUGUUCACCUGAAUGUCUUAUACGUGCAUGUCAUGAAGCAUUUGAUGUAUGGUUAAGAAAUCAUCAUUGUAUUAAAAAUAAUUCUAUAAUUUAA